AUGAAGGCUAGACCGUCCAAAUUCACAGCACUUAACAUCCGGUCUUACCCACUAACGAAGGACCCGGACAUCGGAGAUCGCGAAGGCCACGGCCUCGGGAGGAUGCAGAACCUGAAUUUGGACACAGCCAUAGAUGAAAUGAUUGAGAGGAUGGGGCACACUCUGCUCUGUAAACUGGAGUUCAUCUACAAACCCAGAUCCAGACUGACAGCAGGAACAACAACUGUGUCAGUAGGAGACAGAGUGACACUGAGCUGCUCUGUGGAGAAAUCUGCUGGUUGGAAAUAUGAGUGGUUCAGAAGAACCUCACACACCUCUGAAUACAGAAUCAAUGAUGGAGAAAAUGGAAACAUCAGAGUCUCACAAGGAGGAAUCUACAGAUGCAGAGGAUUUAGAGGAGAACCAGCCGUCUACUCUGAUAAAAGUGAUGAAGUCAUCAUCAGCAUAACCUUUUCCAACAAAGUGAGUGUGACCCAAAAACCCAGCUGGUCUCAGAUGUUCAGAGGAGAGAAGAUCACUCUGACAUGUGAGGUUCAGGGAGGUGAAGGAGUUCAGUGGGAGUAUGAAUGGAGAACACCUCAGUCACAGACAUUCAGGACAAACAGGAAAGACUGGACAUUCACAGCUUCCAUCAGUGGAGACUACAGCUCAUACAAACCAAAGGCUGAACUGAAGAUCACAGAGUCUCCAGCAGAGGGCAGAGUGAACCUGAACUGUUCAGUCAAACCUUCAUCAUCUGGUUGGAGUUUCUUCUGGUUCAGAGGAGAGAAACUCUCCAAACCACUGACCGCACAAGAUGCUGUUUUCCUUUCAAAUGGACAAAUCAGUGUCUCACAGGGAGGAGUCUACAGAUGCAGAGGAGGAAGAGGAGAACCAGUUUAUCACACAGAGUUCAGUGAUCCAGUCUCUGUUGAUGAAUCAAAGGUUUCACACAAGAGUUGGUUAAAAGACACAACUAAGUUGUUCAUAAACAAGAAUCUUUCUCCAACAGAAGCGGUCCUGAGAGUGUCUCCACUGUGGUUGAGUCCUGGAUCCUCAGUGACUCUGAGCUGUGAGGUUGAACAUGUGUCUGCAGGAUGGAGCUUCUACUGGUAUAAAGCUGUUCCUGAUCUAUCACACAAGUCUGGCUCUUACAGCUAUGAGCUGCUGCCUGCUAGCUCCAAUGGGACUGCAGACAACUCCUACAUCAUUCAUGGACAGACACACACAGCAGGAUAUGUGUGCAGAGCUGGAAGAGGAGAGCCACACGUCAACACUCUUUACAGUCAACCUCACUUUGUCUGGUCUGGAGAUCUUCAUCCAUCAGCGUCUCUCUCAGUGAGUCCUGACAGAGUCCAACACUUCACCUCUGACUCGCUCUCACUGACCUGUGAGGGAAACUCUGCUGAGUGGAGAGUCGGCAGCUUUCUGCUUCCUGACUUGCUGUCAUUCUGUUCUGACUGGGGAACAAUGACUGGAUCAACAUGUCAUGUUCAGAAGAUCCAGUCCAGUAAUGCAGUGUUCUGGUGUGAGUCUGGAUCAGCUUUCAGCAACGCAGUCAACAUCACUGGACACAAUGAUGAUCUGAUCCUGCUGAGUCCUGUCCAUCCUGUGACUGAGGGACAUUCUGUUACUCUUGGCUGCAAGUGGAGGACAGAAAAUCUUCUUUCUAAAGUGUUUUUCUAUCAGAAUGACACAUUAAUCCAAAGUGAGAGCAGAGUGGAGAUGAUCAUCCCUGCAGUGUCAAAGUCACAUGAAGGCUUCUACAAGUGUCAGUCCUCAGGAAAAGAAUCUCCACAGAGCUGGUUGGCAGUAACAUCAUCCAGACCUGACAGCUCUUCACUUCCUGUUCUGAUGAUUGUUGGACCAGUUUGUGUUCUGAAGAAGAAUGAAGAUGAACUAUAUCUGCCUCAUUUUCUACCCUGUAACUCUGAGAACGCCACCUGGAUUAAGACUUCUGUGAAUCAAGAGAAACUCCAGAGGAAGACUCUUUCUUCAGCUGCUGAACACGACGAACAAAAUUGUGUUGGGGGGCUUCAGCCUGACUCUGGCAAUACCAUCUUUGUGUGCCUGUGA